AUGUCGAUGAAUACCUUGCCCCCGGAGAUCAUGCUUAUGAUCCUUCACCCAUCGAACUUUAUAAAGCGCUCCGGGUUAUAUCCGAUAAUACCGCAACGCGAAGCCAUUAAGGGAUACUCGAGCCUCCGUCUAGUCAACAAAGAAUUUUCUGCCCAUAUCACUCCUCACCUCUUCAAGAACAUCACUAUUGGAAGUAGAGAGUGUAGUUUGAAACGUUUAGAGAAUAUCACCGAAAGCAAAGAGAUCCAGACUUGGGUUAAGCGGUAUUCUUAUGUUCUUGCCCCCAACAAUCCUUUGGAGAGGUCAACUUCCAGAAAUAUCUAUGAAGACUACCUUCGGCUUUUGGCUGACCCUGAAUAUGCCGAGAAGCUUGAGACAAUCAACUCUAGCACUGAUCCCCAAAUGAUUAAAAUUGCACGCUGGCUUGACCAACGCGAAUUUGAUCUUUCAAAUGAUCUCCAUGACGUACAUGUCAAAUGUUUGUCCUCGUUACCAGUUCUGAGGUCAAUUCACUUAACCUCGCCUGCAUGGUACGGGUUAUCGGAUCAAUCCCACGCAUUGUCCAUGCCAGGGGGUAGUGGUAACAAGUCCUGGGGCCCCACGGUGUUCCGCGCUAUUUUAUUGGCGAUGUACAAUCGUAUUCAAACAAAUGCAUCACCUAUAGAGGAGUUUGUGUUGAAGGGAGUAACGGAAGAAUGCAUGCUUCUGCCACCCCACUUUUUUCAAAAAGCGAUUUUAGGAUUUCAAAAUAUUAAAACCCUUGUGGUCAGCAUUCAAAAUUGCCAGGAUCAGAUGGAAAUUCUUUCUCCAUGUUGGGUUCCAUUACUCGGCCGUCUUAUGCAGUCCGCUACGUCUCUUCAAUCUCUAGAAAUAGAAAUCCCGGAUAGUAUUGGAAGUAUCCAGUUCAGCACUCUUGCAUCCCCCUUUAAGUACAAAUCUACCGACCAAAAGGAAUCAACGCCGACAGAGCAGUGCUGGCCACAAUUGAAAUCCCUCAAGCUCCGCGACGUCUUAUUUUCAGAGACACACAUUCUUCAAUUUCUCUCUGCUCAUAGAAAAACCCUUCGCACCAUUCACUUCGACAACUGCGAAAUUCGAACGCCUAAUUCUUCCGAUAAUAGCCAAACUGAGAUUGCGUACGAAUCACCUCCUGCCAGUGACGACGGGGUUGUUGCGCCAAGACCUUGGUCAAUUGUUCUCCGUCAAAUUGCUAAAUACUUUCCCCCCAAAACGUCCUCGGCUCUCGACUCCUUUAAGAUUGAACAACUUCAUCACCAAAAGGCUAGAAGCAUGCGCAGCUGUACCAUCCAAUUGUGGCAGGACUACCUUAGCGGCCUCUCCGACACUGAACCUUCUGAAGACCAGCGUCACGACGACUGCUGUUGCAUAUCUGAAGAAAUUUAUAUGGAUGAUGAUGAUUCUAACAGUGAGGUGGGACUUUGGGCAAUAGAUGGAAUGCAUCCAUUCGGCUUUGGGGAUAGUGACGAUGAGGAGUUGGAUGACAUAGAUGGGGAGGACGAGUUUGACGAAGACGAGGAAGAUAUGGAACUUGGCCACGCCUGGGUUGUUCUCCUCUAUAGUAUCUUAUCUUGGGCGGACGCAGGUUUCUAA